CGGGUUCAUUGUUUGUUUGUGUCUCUGCUCCAGACGCGACCUGCCCGCUUCUCUGUGGAUCUACAGCCGCUCACAUGUACCGAGCUCCGGUCAGACCGCAACGGAGUCCGGGAGCUCCGCGGCCGACGGGAAGGUUCCCCUCCCCGGCCUCCUGCUGGGGUUUCCCUGGAGCUCCCUCACCGUACGGAGGCUCUGGACCCCGCGGCGGAUCUCCACACGGCGGCCCGGCUUUCUCUCCGGGCUCUCCGGCCUACUCUCCGGCUUCUAACCGGGGGUACAGGGGCGGCUCUCCGGCUUCUAACCGCGGGUACAGGGACAGUUCUCCGGUCGGGUUCGGCAGCGGCUCCGGGGGACAGAUGUGGCGGACGGGGGGCCGUUUCCGGCGUCCUCAGUCCUUCAGUCCCUCAGCUCACCUGCAGCAGUCCAGAUGUUCCGACGCUCCAGUGGAGAAAUAUUUCAGUCCAGCGAUGUUGCAGGACCCGUGGGCCGCUCUUCAGCCUGCCGCAGCUGCAGAGACAAGGACGCCAUGACAGGAAAUAAAGACGCCAUCAGACAGGAAAUACAGACAUACGGGCGCCAUCAUAUAGGAUAUCAAACCCAGUGAUCAUAAAGAAACCAGCUUCUGAGCACGCUCAGACACCAGCAGUCGGCAGCUUAGUGAACAAAUAAAAUCAGGGAUGAAACAUUUCCAUUUGUUGAUGUUUAAACGUUUUAUAUCACGUCUGCUCCUUUUUACGGAUUGUUAUUUACAGAAUGUUUGUUCUUUGUUUUUUCUAUUUUUAGAAAAUAAAAUAUCAAUUACAAAUCCA